GACGUUCUCUCACUCGUCGCGUCGGAAGACGUUUCUCGCCUGCUUUACCUUAACGCACUAGUUUGUCCUUCGCUGCCUCCCGUUCGCGCCUGUCGUUCCCGCGGGGCCGAGAGACUGGUGGGAAGACCCGGAGCUGCAGCGGCCGAGGCAGGGUGACCGGUAGCGCCGUAACCAAGGUGGCGGUGCGGGCUAAGGCACUGGGAACCGAGAGGCAAGAGGUGGAGGUGCUGCAGGAUGGCGGCGACGACGUACGAGCGGCUGCAGCUACAUAUCACACCUGAAAAGUUUUACGUGGAAGCUUGUGAUGACGGAGUGGACGAUGUGCUCACCAUUGACCGCGUUUCCACCGAGGUCACCCUGGCAGUCAAGAAAGAUGUCCCUCCUUCAGCUGUCACAAGACCAAUUUUUGGUAUACUGGGCACAAUCCAUCUGGUGGCAGGUAAUUAUCUUAUUGUCAUUACCAAAAAGACGAAAGUAGGAGAAUUUUUCAAUCAUGUAAUCUGGAAAGCAGCAGAUUUUGAUAUUCUUUCUUAUAAGAAGACCAUGUUGCACUUAACUGAUAUUCAGUUGCAAGACAAUAAAACGUUCCUAGCGAUGCUAAACAACGUCCUGAAUGUGGAUGGAUUUUACUUCUCUACAACCUACGAUUUGACCCACACUUUGCAGCGGCUGUCCAACACCAGCCCAGAGUUCCAAGAAAUGAGUCUCUUGGAGAGGGCAGAUCAGCGAUUCGUCUGGAACGGUCAUCUUCUGAGGGAGCUGUCUGCGCAGCCCGAGGUCCAUCGAUUUGCUCUUCCAGUGUUACAUGGCUUUAUUAACAUGCACUCGUGUUGUGUCAACGGAAAGUACUUCGACUGGAUCCUCAUCUCCAGGAGGAGUUGUUUCCGAGCGGGGGUGCGCUACUAUGUCAGAGGAAUUGAUUCUGAAGGCCAUGCAGCUAACUUUGUAGAAACAGAGCAAAUUGUGCACUAUAAUGGGAGCAAAGCUUCGUUUGUACAGACUCGAGGAUCAAUACCUGUUUUCUGGUCCCAAAGACCAAACCUCAAGUACAAACCACUGCCACAGAUCAACAAAGUAGCAAAUCACAUGGAUGGUUUCCAAAGGCAUUUUGAUUCACAAGUAAUUAUUUAUGGAAAACAAAUCAUCAUCAAUCUGGUAAACCAGAAGGGCUCAGAAAAGCCCCUUGAACAGGCAUUUGCAACCAUGGUGUCUUCCUUGGGCAAUGGGAUGAUCAGAUACAUUGCCUUUGACUUCCAUAAGGAAUGCAGACACAUGAGAUGGGAUCGACUGAGCAUUUUAAUGGACCAGGUAGCAGAAAUGCAAGAUGAAUUAGGUUAUUUCCUAGUAGACUCUGCCGGCAAGGUGGUGACACACCAGGAGGGCGUGUUCCGCAGCAAUUGCAUGGACUGUCUCGACAGAACCAACGUGGUCCAGAGCUUGUUAGCCCGACGUUCACUUCAGGCCCAGCUUCAAAGACUAGGAGUUUUGCAUGUGGGACAGAAGCUUGAAGAACAAGAUGAAUUUGAGAAGAUUUAUAAAAAUGCCUGGGCUGACAACGCAAAUGCUUGUGCCAAACAGUAUGCAGGAACCGGUGCCUUGAAAACUGACUUUACCAGAACGGGGAAGAGAACGCAGUUGGGACUUGUAAUGGACGGCUGGAACUCACUGAUCCGCUACUACAAAAACAACUUUUCCGAUGGAUUUAGACAAGAUUCCAUUGACUUAUUUCUUGGGAACUAUUCAGUGGAUGAAUUAGAAUCUCACAGUCCUUUAAGUGUUCCAAGGGACUGGAAAUUCUUGGCUUUGCCCAUUAUCAUGGUGGUUGCCUUCUCGAUGUGCAUUAUCUGCCUGCUCAUGGCCGGUGACACUUGGACAGAAACACUGGCCUAUGUGCUCUUCUGGGGAGUUGCCAGCGUUGGAACAUUUUUUAUUAUUCUUUUCAAUGGCAAAGAUUUUGUUGAUGCUCCGAGAUUGGUCCAGAAGGAAAAGAUAGACUGAAUUUGUGUUUGUGGAAAGCGGCUCGGGUUGAAAGAGUCCAUGAUGCAGAACUGGAGUCUUUACUGACCCGCUUUCCACAGUAGCGCAGAUCUUUUUGACACCUUUAUCCACAACGCUUCUCCUGCUGUGUGAGGGUGACUUUGCAUUGAUCUGACGUCAGGGCCUUGGCGAUCUCUUCACUCUUAGGAUGGUUACAUUUGCAGUGUGAAACUAUACAAUAAUUGGAGCAGAACCUGAGUUGAGUCCACAGAAUGGAAGGAAUCUGUUCAUUGUCCACUUAUUCAACUGUUGCAGAUAAGUAAUAUAUUUUAAAAACUUAGCUUCUUUCAUUAUUUAAAACUGUAAAGUUAUUUUUCUAGCUCAGUUUCAUUAUUGUCAUAGAAGCAGUCAAUGGUAGCAAGUAUACCUUUGUCCACCCCUGUGGGCUUCUCUUAGAAGUCUGAAAUAAGCAGACUGUGCCAUGUUUAUGGGGCGUAGAUCUCACAUGGUCAUCAGCUGGAAGUGCUGGCCUGUGUGGUCGUGGGUUCGGACCUUGGACAGCUCUUGUCAUUGCAGCUGCACCAGCAUUUAUGUGUGACGGAAGAGCCCACAUAUACUUUGUCUUUUUGAAAAGGUCUAAAUGAGAUCAAAGAAUGUAAAGUCUGUCUCCUCUGCAGGAGGACCAAGCUGCCUCUUUUUAAGGAUUGAUCCACUGUGGAAAAGGCCCAUCCUGCCCGCUGCUUCUCUGUCCUUUGGUGGCAGUGGGCUCAUCAAGACACACAGGCCCUGCGAGGGUCUCGUGCUAGAUUUGACCCUGAACGUGGGGGCUGCAGCUGCUUCUCCAUGUGUGGCACCAUUGCUUUUGCUCCGCCGGGGUUUUUGCUCAGUAAGUGUGUGGGACUCAGUGCUUCCUGAUCAUUACAGCCUCCAAAUCAAGGACCAACUUCAUGUGCAAAAACUCCCUGAAAGAGCCGGGGAUUUAGCUCAGUGGUUCCGCUGCCUUCCUCGCAAGCAUAAGGACCCAAGUUCGAUCCACGGUACCAAGAUUUAAAAAAAAAAAAAAAAAACUCCCUGAAAAAUAAUGCUUCAGAAGCUGUGCAUAGUUGUAAUUGUAAGUCAGAUUGUAUAUUCAAAUUGUAAUUACGAGGUUUAGCUAUUAGAACAGUAUGCAAAGUAGCAUCAUUACCACUAUUUUAAAACAAUUAAACACUUCUAUACUAUUUCAAUGUCGUACUUGAAAAUAUGUUCAAUUUCUUCCAAUAGUAACACUUUAUGUUGUCCUUAAAUAUUUUUAAAAGCGCCUUUAUUUUAACAUUACCUUUUUUCAGCAUUAUCUUUUAUAAACAUUAGUAACAGUUUUUGCUUUUAAAAAUGCUAAAGGAAAUAAUAUCUGGGAAAACCCUUCAUAGCUUUGAAUCAGUCCUGAAAUUCGCAGUAGGGUAAGUGAAUAGAGCUACCUGUUCUUACCAUGUAAAUAAGCACCAUUCGUUCCAAAGAUGGAAGGUUGACACUUAGCUCGUUUCUACUGUAAUAGAAUACCCAAGUGCUCUGGACAUUGCACAGUAAGAACUUAAUAUCAGCAACUGCGACAAAGACCAAAUCUAAGCUGCUUGUGUGGCUGCUUUGCAGGGAAUGGACUAAUCUUCGUGUGCUAGGUCAAAGCUAUCAAUAUUUGAGGUUCCUGUCAUGAUUUUAUUUAAUUCAUGUACUGUACAUCUGUAAGUGAAAAUAAAAUGUCGUAUUCUUUUCUAAUCAUUGGUGUUAGCAUUUCUGUACUGUACUUGAAAGAUGGUGAUUUUUUUUUUCUUUCUCUUAAAGCAAUGGGUGAUCGUUAUAGAAAAGUUAGUAAAAUAUUAGCUUCUGGAUUCUCUUUUCUAGUUA